UGGGAGAUACUGGGAUAGCCUCUUGAUGUGUUUGUGUUUGAUCCAGCAUUGCAUGGCCAAAGAAAGGGAUGCCACGAUGACAAGCCAUCUCUCACAUAGCAUAAAAACAGAGCUGAAAAAGUCGUAUAAUAUUGAAGUCCACCAUCACGUUGUGGCUACAUGCACAAUGUACGAGUCUGUCUCACGCAUCGCUGGGGUUGAAUCAUUCACCACAUGCCAUCGUGGUCUAAGGUCGUGCCAACGCCCUGCAGAUCGCUGUCAAGUUAACAACUGAGAGAAAUC